GCUCUGGGAAGCGGGAAGAGCGAUCGCGGAGUUUCCAGGACCAUGAACUCCCCUUGCAGCGGGGGGCUGCUGCUGAUCCCGGGCACGGAGCCGCGCCGGAGCCCCUGAGGAGCGGAGCCGCCGGAGAAGGCGAUGGGCCAGAGGAUGGGCACGGCGCUGCUGCUCCUCACGCUGGGGUAUUUGGUCAGGUCGCUGGCUUCAGAAACUAAAUGUGAAAACAUUUACCAAGGCUUCUCUGACUGUGUCUUAAAACUGGGGGAAAACAUGGCCAGCUACGAGGAGGACGACAGGGAUGAGGUGCAGGGGCUGCACACUGUUUGCGGGUACUGGGAUGAAUUUCACAUGUGCGCCAUGACUGCUCUUUGGGAGUGCCAGAAGGAGGCAGCAAGUAUCUGGGAGACUUUGAAAAAGGAAUCUAGAAAAAUCAAAUUCCAAGGCAGCUUGUUUGAUCUCUGCAGUCCCAACAGCUCCCAGAGCUUCAGCUUGACAAAUGUUUCAAAUGUUGUUGUCUUAAGCCUCUCUCUGAUGGUCACUUGGCUUAAUUUGUAAAUGGAGCAGCUCUGAAAGUAUUGGAACGAAGAGGUAUUAUCAGUGUAGUUAUGAUCAGAAAUGUAGUAUUUCCAAACCUUUGAGAAAUACUGGGUAUGGUGCUGGAUGAACACUUGAUUUUAUUAUUCCAGGUCUGUGAGCCUCAGAAGAGCAGCAUCUCCUUGGUUGCACUGUCUCUAAGUAACUUACAUGAUUAAUCAUAAACUCAGCACUUGCUAUAACUUGACAUUGUCCAGCUGCAAGUGCACCCACAGCUCCGACUAACGGUG